AUGACGGAGAAGUCUUGCUUGCAGUCGCCGCCGGUGAAGGUCCUGGCUGCGCAGCUGAAGCGGUGCCGCCAAGUCCCUGGCGGCUCGUGGUUGUUGGACCGGGAAGAGUACGGACGUCCGGCGUUAGCUGUAUCUCUGGUCUGGAUGCAGGGCAAAGUAUUGACCGUAGAGCAGGAUGGUUCGACUGUGCGGUUGCUGGACGAGAGCGGCUCUUUCGUGGUUUCCGGCGUGGAGAGAGUCCCUAAGGGAAAACCUUGCCUCAGCCCUGGAAAUUAUGUGAUGGUGAUGGGCUUGGUACAGGGUUGCAUCCCGGAACCUGUCCUUCAAGCCGUGAAGAUGAUGGAUCUUUCGGGCAAUCCUCUGCACAGGACUAUGUGGGAGUUGGAAGUGGAAGAUUUGCAGCGAAGCCUCCUUUCGUGAACGAAGCUGGCAUAUCAAAAUGGGAAUCAUUUCCUGCACGUCUCCCAAUAACAAAACAAAUGGGAUGGAAAUGCCUGCACUGUUUAGAAGGCAUGGAAUAUUUCCAAUUGCUUGCACAAAGUAAUCUUUUAUACUUGACGGCUCGUGGAUGGUUGCAAAGAUGAAAUAUCCAUGUUGAAUACAUUCAUUUCCCCUUUGUGGAGUGUCCUUUCUUCAGGCUGGGCUUACAUUAAAGGAGUGCUGUGCUGCAGAAUUCACUACAGACAUCUGACUUCAGACAUUACUCUUUAACUGAUAUGCAAAGACUACUCUUUUAAAAUAAUGAUUCUAUCCACCCGAAUGAUUUACAAUUCUAGGAUAAAGCUCUUUUGAGAACUAUAGAUAAAUGUUGAAGACUUGUUUUUAAUGCAUAAUUUAAUAUUUCAAGUCAAACUGAGGGGUGUAUAACAUGCCCCCCCAAAUAGCAAUACUUCAGAGAAACAAUUGAAUGAUAAAGUUAUAUUACAAUAAAAUUGCAUA